GUGUGUGGGGGUGUGUGUGUGUGUGUGUGUGUGUGUGUGAGACACUUGAUGUCAAAGUUCAGAAUGCUUCAAUGGCGGACGGCUCGGAAUUGCCCGUUCCUUCCUCUGAAAUUACAGGAAUAUUCAUCGCUGUUUUGUCGAGUUUCGUCAAUGGCUGCACGUUCGUGCUUCAGAAAAAGGGGAUUCUGCGCUCUCGUGACAAAGGAGUGUCUUACCUCACUGACCUCGUGUGGUGGAGUGGCACUCUGUGCAUGAUAAUUGGGCAAAUUGGGAACUUCCUGGCAUACAAUGUGGCCCCUGUGGUCAUAGUUACGCCUCUAGGAGCCCUUGGAGUGUUGUUUGGGGCUGUGCUGGCCUCCUGGAUCUUGGAAGAGCAUUUGAACAUCCUUGGAAAGUUGGGCUGUUUGUUGUGUUGCUGCGGCUCCAUUGUGCUCAUCAUUCAUUCCCCAAAAGCAGAAGCGACCUCGAGAGCAGAGUUUGAGGAGAGGCUGUUUGACCCAGUGUUCGUAACUUACAUCCUCCUUGUGGCCGUGCUGCUCAUCAUUUUGGUUGUGUGGAUUGUUCCAGCUCAUGGAACAUCUAACAUUUUGGUGUAUGUCAGCAUUUGUUCCCUCCUGGGGAACUUCACGGUUCCGUGCAGCAAAGGACUGGGCUUGGUGGCCCCGGAUGCUUUCGAAGAAGGCCCAUCAAGCAACAAAGCGCUGGCUCUCCUCUUGGGCCUUCUGGUGACUCUGGCUGUCAGCAUCCUGACACAGUUCUACUUCAUCAAUAAGGCACUGGAGUGUUUCAGCUCUAACAUUUUUGAUGCCAUCUACUAUGUGACUUUCACAUCCACUGUGAUUUUUGCUUCUGCCAUUCUCUUUAAAGAGUGGACUGCACUCACUGUAGCAGACAGUCUGGCCAUGCUUUGCAGUUUAACUGUGGUGUGCGUCGGUGUGGUUUUACUACGCAUUUCCCAGGGAGCUUUGAUUUCCUGGAAGAAAGAACCAACCAAGGAUAAGAAGAACUAAUGAAAAUAUUUAUUUUUUUGUGAAUUUUGGAUUUAAAUGCCUUUUAUUUACUUAUUCUCCUUUAAUUUAACACAAACUAAUGACAGAAACCAGUUCAUUUUCAUCAAAGAUGGUCCAGAAAACUUGCAGUUACAUUGUCAGCCUGACCCAACACUGGCUUUAUCAAGUAUGUAGUAAAACAUUGUUAAUAAUUUAACUGUCUUUCCUUUAAAGCUUGAAGAGGAAGUCACUUUUUCCCAGUGCCCAUCGGUCGCCAUCCAUCACUUUGAUUUAUUCAGAGUUCUUUGAAUUAUUCAGAUUCCUCAUAGCAAAUUCUCAUGGUAGAAUCACAAUGGGCAGUUUUGUAAAGGAUUUGUAGGAGAAAAAUAACUUUUUAUGCUAUAGUUCUUGUGGUGCUUAAAUACCAGUUGUCUCUGACUGUUAUUUGGAUAUUUAAUGUUGAAUUGUUUUGAUGUUUAGUUUUCUAGUUAAUUUUUUGAUUGGAUUUCAUAAGUUUCAAAUGUUGUAUCCUAAACAGAAUUUAAAAACGUGUCAUUCCUUUCACGUUAACUAGUUUACCUCAACUAUUUUCAAUUCCUAAUCACUGAUCUUAUUUAAAUUCUCUCUCUAAUUAACUUUUGAUCUACCAGUAUUAUAAACUCAUUCCAAGUGGUCUUUUA